CCUCUCUUGUCCUACCUCGAGGCGAAUCGAAAGGACUCAAAAGCCGCCGCCGCCAUCACGGCCAUGGUCCACGCCGAGGACGCGCGCCGCAAGGCCUACCCGCUCCACGUCCUCUUGGGCUUCAAGCGCUACGACGACUUUAAGACUCAACUUCCUCUGCACCGCGACCGUCUCGAACAGUGCGACACGAACGGCAAAACUGUGCUCAUGCUAUCGGCCGAGAUGGGUCUCGAGGACCUUGUUGACGUUAUCAUUGCCCACGGCGCCGACGUCGACGCCGUCGUUGGUGUCCCGUACUACACCGCCUUGGACCCGAAACAGUAUGCGUCGACGGCCCUCACGCUGGCCGUCACGAACGGCCAUGUCGGCGUCGUCGAGCUCCUGCUGUCGCACCUCGCCGAGAUCGACCCAGCGUACCUCGCAUCGAUGACGUCGUUGGAGGCCUCGCUCACACCUCGCCAAGCGGCGUGUGUGACGUUGCUGCAAAAAGAAGUCGCGUUCCGGUCGACGUCGGCCGAGUACGUGGCCAAGUGGCGGCUCAAGCUCGAGGCGCUGCCCGACGACGCGCCGUUUGACGAAACUCUCUUUCGGCGCGCGAUCGCCGCCGACCCGUCCCUCGGUCGUCUCUUCCUCAACGACUGCCUGUCGCCGGACCGCCACACGCUCGGCUUUACCAAGCUCGAGGCCGUGUACGGCCGUCGCGUGACGUCGAGCGCGCUCUACUCGAUCGUGCAGUACCAAGACGCGACCAAGCGCGACGGCGCCAAGGCCCUUCUGGACCACAUUGUCAUGCAGCGCAUCCUCCAGCUCAAGUGGGAGUUUUUCGCGCAGCGCAUGUUUGUCGAACAGCUGCUCUGGUACGGGAUCCUCCUCGCCUCCAUGACGGUGGCCGUGACGCUGCAGCCGUCGACGAUCGAUGCCAAUGACAACGACGCGCCGCUCCGUGUCUGGUGCGUCAGCGUCGUCUUUUGCGUCGUUGGGCUCGUCGCGGUGCAGUGGACGCGGCCCACGCCGCUCUUGUAUCUCGCCACGUGUCUGCACCGCUUUGCGGCGCCGUCGCCACUGCACUGUCAGCACGACCCGCGGCACCUCGGUCCGGCCAAGACGAAUGUCAAGCGUCUCCUGUGUCUUGGGACGGUUGCCGUCACCGUCUACAUGUACAUGACGUGCAUCGACGCGCCGCUCUGGCACCGUAUUCCGUGGUCAACGACGGUCGUUGGGACAGCUUCGCUGUCUGAUAUGUGUGUCUACGGGUCGCUGCUUGCCUCGACGCUCUACUUUGUGCGGCUCGAGUACCAAGAGUUUGUUGGUCAUGACCGCCUCCACACGGCCGAGACGCACGCGUACUGGUCGUCCCGCCUCAAUCUGUGGCAACUGAUGACGUACAUGGGUAUUCUGUUGGUGUACCUUCCGCUGGCGUCGUAUUUGGAGCCCGUGACAAGUCUUUGUCUCGGCAGUCUCUUGACGCUGUCGCUGUGGCUGCUCUCGCUGCAGUUCUUCGCCGUGUUCCAAACCGGCGGGUACCUCCUCCCGAUGCUCUCGGCGCUGCUGCGGGACGUGAGCAACUUUCUCGCGUUCUUUGGCGUCGUGCAGGCCGCGUUCACGUGUGUGUUCUACCAGCUCUUUCGGUCGCAGUCCAAUGCCAACAGCUACGCGUCGCUCUGGGCGUCGUUCCGGACCUCGUACUUUGUCAUGCUCGGCCAGUUUGAUGUCGAUGGGACGUGGGCGACGCCGAGCGAGUUGCCGCCACUACUGUACCACUACUCGUUUGUGCUGCUCAUGCUCCACGCCGGUGUCGUGAUGCUCCUGCUGCUCAACGUGCUCUUGGCGACAAUGAACGAGACGGUCGCCGACGGUCUCCGCGCGUCGCAGCGAGACGCCAUGUGGAGCUACGCGGCGUGCAUUCUGCGGCUGGAGCUCACGCUGCCCCUCUCGCGCCAGCCCGUCUACUACGCGUCGCGUCGCCCCGACGAUACCAAUGUCAACCCCGCGUUUGACGAGGUGCUUGUCCUCGCCGACUGCAACCUCUGCGACGACGACAUGGCGGUCGUCCGCAGCAUCGAAGAAGUCGGCAAAGACUGGUUCCGGACCCUUCGCGACCUCCAGCGCCGCGCUGUAAUCGAGAUAGAUGCGCUCACGGCGGCCGUGCAUGACGCCAACCACUUUUGCGCCUCGGCCAUGUACCCGAUGGCAUGCGAAGUGGGCAUCCCGACGGCCCGUGCGGCGAUCGACGCGGCGUUCGCCUCGGUGGUCGCCAAGCGAGCGCCCGAGCCAUCCGACCGCUGUAGUCGCCUCCGCGCUGUCCAGCGCACGGUGCAGCAGCACUGGACGAGCUUGGCGUCGGCGCUCUCACUCGAGGCGACGACCAACACUGCCGACCAGCACGACGUGCUCUUUGCCAUGGUACACGGCGUCUCGAUGGCGGCCAUGCUGGCGCGCGCCUGGCAGAGCAUCGAAGCUGUCUUUGAUGCGGCGGCGGCGCGCUGGGAAGAGCGGCCGGAACCUACGCCGUCACAGCUCCGCGACGCAAUCGUGGCCAGCACCAAGGCGCAGAACGCGCAGCUGCAGGCGCACGUCGAUGCGUGUAUGGCGGCGAUGCAAGCGAUGGAGACGCGGUAUACAGCCGCGCUGGAGGAGUCCAAGGCUGCCAACCGCGCACUGGACGCCAAGCUCAGUGAGGUGCUCACGUUGCUGCACGUGAAGGCGUGAUUUUUGGAAAUUGAUUUGCGACGUUUUUGAUUGGCUCAUUUGCAUAAUAAUUUCAGCCACUCGUAUGCAUGUUGUAG